AUGACUCUUCAAAACGUUAAUAAAUGUUUGACUCUCAGACUUAAAAGUCAAUGGUAUUUGGUUGUUGGAAGUGUAAGAAAGAUUGAAGAGAAUGAGGAAGAAAGAAUUGCGUUGUUACGUCAUGAGAGAAUGGAAAAUGGCACGUGUGACGACACAGAUAGCAUCAUCAUCAUCAUCCAAGGUAAAAAAACACUAGGGGACAAAGUUGGAUUGUGCAGGGACAAAGUGGAUAAAAAGAGUAAAGAGUAG